AUGGCGGUGACUCGUACUGCCACCGUGGAGUGCACAUGGAGGAUUUUUGAGCUGCUGCCAGUUCUAAUUAUUUUCAUGUUCUAUGAAUUUAAAAUUCAGAGCCGACUUUAUUUGACUUAUAAAAAUCUAGAAAGAGAUAAAUCUAAACUUGAAGAAGAAAUAUUACUUAUAGAGUAGAAACUAGAAGAAGAGAGAGCUAAACGUUAUGAAGAAGAGGAAUUGAUGAGUGACCUUUCAAAAAUGAUGCAGUCUCUAGCAGAUGAAUCACAGUCUGUCAAAUCACAGCUAGCUGAAGUCAAAACCACACUAAGAAUAAUUGAAAUAAAUAAAGAACGACUUAAAGGAGUAAUAACAGAUACCUUGAAUGAAAAUUCUCAACUUCAGGAAAGCGUGCAUCAGUAUUUAGAAGAAGCUAAAAUCAUGAAAGAACAAAUGAAUCAACUCAAUAAACAGAAAAUAGCAAUCAAAGUAUCCAACGUACAGGCAGAGCGACUCCUAAAAGUAAAGGAAAAUCAGUUCAAGUCUCUGAUGGAGAGCCUGCUAAGGAUGAAAGACUGGAAAUCUGUGCUUGGGGAAGAUGUAACUGAUGAUGGUGAUCUGGAUGUAGAAGUGAACAAUGACUUAGAGAAUAACUGCACUGUCUAUCUUCCUGAGUGUAAUCAGCCUAAGGGAGCUUUGAGGAAGCUAAUAUAUGCUACUGAGUUAAGUGCUUUGUUAAAAAUCCUAGAAGGAGACAGAAACCAAAUUUAUACUCAGUUAUCUGAAAUAGAUGCAACAAAUGAUGAUCUUACAGAGCAUAUGCGAAGUCUCAAGUCUGAACAAGUGUCUCUGCAGUCAGGUAAUACACAACUUGAAAUCGAGAAACAGAAGCUUCAAAGGAAAAUCACAGUGAUGAGGGAGCUGUACCAAGACAAUGAAAGGAUGCUUCACAGGAAAAUAACAGUGGAGGAAAAUUGUAGACUGGAGAAAGAGGAAGAAGUUUUCAAAGUGAACAAGAGAAAUAGCCAUGUGAACAAGGAACUAGAGACCUAUAGACGGUGUGCCAAGGAUUUUGAAGAAGAAUUGGAGAGAACAAUUUGCUCCUAUCAAGGGCAGGUGGUUAUUGCUCAUGAACAAAGGGCACAUGACUAUUGGAAGGCAACUUUUCCAAACUCUGGCCCUGCUGAUUGCAAAGUGGCUGUCUAUGGCUUGACUCCUCCACUGGUGGCCAACGUUUCAGGCCCUAGAGAUCAUGGAUGCCCUGCCAUUCCACAGAAUCCAAGAGGCCAGAAUACACCACCACCUUAUCCAGAUGCUCGAAAUCUGGUUCCUGUUACUAUGAGAAACACUGUCCAGAAGCAACUUGAGGGAGAAAGGGUUGUCAUGGCUCACAGGUAA